CCCAGCACCACCACACCUCUCUCAACCUCCCUCAACCCGACGACCAACCCAUACACGGAGACACACAGAGAGAGACAGCGACAGAAACCGAAAAUGCCUCCCCGGCUUCAACUCCUGCCUCUCCAAUGGCAGCGAGCCCUUACCUCGACGACGACGACCACUACCACCAUAACCGCACCCGCACCCGGCAGCAUCACCUCCAACCCGCUGGCCUUCUUCUUCGGCGUCGGCGGUGCUGGCUUCCAACAAUCCCGCAACGCGCACAUCCUGGCCUCGCUAUCCGAUACCCCGGGGGCAUACCACAAGCGCAUCCGCCGCGGUCGCGGUCCGGCCUCGGGGAAGGGAAAGACGUCCGGCCGCGGUCACAAGGGUCAGAAGCAGCACGGUAAGGUGCCGGCUGGGUUCAACGGAGGCACCACGCCGGAUAUUGUGGUGCAUGGUGAGCGGGGGUUUGAUAAUGUCCACUCAAUCGACCUCGCCCCCAUAAACCUCGACCGCAUCCAAACCUGGAUCGACCAGGGCCGCAUCGACCCCAGCCGACCGAUCACAAUCCGCGAACUGUACCAAUCCCGGUGCAUCCACAAGACCAAAGAAGGCGUGAAGUUGCUCGCGCGGGGGGUCCCCAAGGACGCCAAAGGCGCGGUCCUUACCCCUUCCUCCCCUUCCCCCUCUACCUCCACCCCGGAGUCCUCUUCUACGGCAGGGACCGUGCUCAAACAACCCAUCCACCUCGUCGUCUCGCGCGCCUCCACCGCCGCAAUCGCAGCCGUAGAAGCAGCAGGCGGCUCCGUGACGACGCGCUUCUACACGCGGAGCGCGAUCCUCCGCAUCCUGAAGCGCGAGAUGCACCCGUUUGUGUCGAGUGCGUGGACGGAACGGAGCGGGAGUCAGGGGUUGUUGGCUGCUGAGGGCAUUGUUUCUGCUGAUGGGGCUGGUGCUGCGCAAGGGCAAGGACAACUGGUCGAGAGCGAGAUCAUGCGCGCUAUGGGGUAUACCUACCGUUUGCCGGACCCCACUAAGCGUCGGGAUAUCGAAUAUUAUCGUGAUCCUGCUCACCGUGGGUAUCUGAGUCACUUGCUGAAGCCGCUUGAGGGCCCGAGUUUGUUCUUCCGGUCGCCUGUUGAGCGGAAGUCUAGUGCUGGGGUUAAGAAGGAGAAGGUUCUGCCUGAGAAUAGGCUUUGGUAGUUUUUUCUUACUGGUUGAUUGGUUGGGGAAUGGGAGAGGGCUGGUUUUGUUUGGUUGAGUAUUUGUCUCGUGUAUAAAUAUGUUUGUAUGUAUCUGGAUAUGCGAUGUUCUUUUUCUGCUU